AUGUCUGUGUCUGUAUUUAGAUGAGCUCGAGUGUUUCAACACAUGUGUACGAGUGUCCCUCCUGGGAAGUGUAUCCUAGGAUACAUUAUUUCUACAGACGAUACACAGAUCUUUUGACGAGAUACAAAAGAGUAACAGGGUUGCUUCCAAAAUGUUUACAUGACGACAGGAUAGUCUCUGAACUUGACAAAAUACGGGAUUAUUUCGACAGCGGUGUUAGGUUGAACGUGAUUGGAAAAGAAGUGGGUUUGAAAGAUUUAGUGUUCUCUAUACCAGACAAAAGUGUUUCAAGUGGAUCUCCCAGGGUUGUAGUCUUCAUAUGUCAUACUGACAUUCGAACCCUUGAUCUCGAAGGACUUGAGGACAUAAACGCUUUGCUUCACACACUGACAGACAACUUUCCAGCCGACUCAAGAAAGGAAAAUGUCAUAUAUAUAUAUCGUGUGGAAUCGAAAAAGGUUUUAGUGACAAAGAGAUUGAAGAUUUCAAGUCAGUCGUUACAGAUAAUGCUAAACGAUUGGCGAUACGGCCUGAAAAUAUCUUGAUUGGACCUGAAAAAAGCUGUCUAAAGACAAAGAUAUCAGACGAACUUGAAAAAAUAAUCAUAGCAGGAUUUCAGAAAAUCAGUGCGUACCUACAGUCCUUUGAUCUGGACGACAAAGAAAGCUCAUCGGAGAAAGAUAACAUUUUAGAGACUGACGUGGUUGUAAACGCGAUCCGUGACUUUUUACGGAAUCCUUAUACAAACAGUGAAAUCAGCUUCAUGAUACAUGAAGAGAAAGACAGUGAAAGAUUUCUAGAGGAAGUCAUUAAACAUUUGUGUCGUGCCAUUAAAAGUGCAGCUGUUAAUCAAUUAGCAAAGAAACACAACCUUCGACCGGGGAUAUGUAAUGCAUUUUUGCAUGAAAUACAAUUCGAGGAGGCUUUAAGUUUAUCGGUGUCGAAAAGCACACGCCAUCACUUACGCAAACUAAAUGAUACCAGCAAACGCUACUCAUUCGACUUCCUGUUAUAUCCGCUUCAAUCGGAUAUGAAAUCGGUUUUCGAAAUGACAGACGGGAAACUUUCGGCUAUGAGACGUCUUUCAAUGACGAUACGGCG